AUGUCGGACGGCGAUGACGACGGCGACGCGGCGCUGCUGCGGGUUCUGCAGGUCGCCUGGGAGAGCACCCUGUUCUCGGUGCGUGUCGCCAUCGUCGUUUUCACGCUCACGUUCAUCGCAUGGUUUUACUGCCGGGUGACCAGCAAGCGAUGCAAGUGCCCCACGCGACUGGAUGGCAAGACGGCGUUGGUUACCGGCGGAAGCUCGGGCAUCGGCUACGAGACGGCCAAGGCGCUCGCGUCUCGAGGCGCCCGAGUCAUCUUCACCUGUCGCAACAUGCAGUUGGGCCGUAAGGCGCUCGACUCCAUGAUCGAGGCAAGCGGAGGCGGCGACAUCGUGCUCAAGCACCUUGAUCUCUCCUCGCUGGGCUCGGUGCGACGUCUGGCCUACGACAUACUCGACAGCGAGCCGCGGCUCGACUUGCUCGUCAACAACGCCGGUCGCGCGGCGCCCCCUCAGCGCACACUGACCGACGACGACCUCGAGACGACCAUACAGAGCAACCACUUGGGACACGCGCUGCUCACCGGUCUCCUGCUCGACCUGCUCAAGCGCUCGGCGCCGUCUCGCAUCGUCGUCGUCUCGUCCAUGAUGCACGCGUGGACCCAGCUGGACGUGGACGACCCGUUCCUGGAGCACCACUACACGGACGCCCGCGCGUACGGCCUCUCGAAGCUGUACAACGUGUACUUCACCCGCGAGCUGGCCGACAAGCUGCGAGGCGAGCAGGUCACCGUCAACGCACUCCACCCGGGUCUCGUGAAGUCGCGCUUCUUACGCGAUCAUCCGACCACGUGCUUCUUGAAGUUCCUGCGAUACGUGGUCGUGCCCUUGUUCGGAAAGUCGCCCUCGGAGGGUGCGCAGACCAGCAUCCACCUGUGUCUGGCGCCCGAGCUGACGCACACGUCGGGCCGCUACUUCAUGGAGUGCCGUGAGACGAGGCCAGCUGAGCAUGCGCUGGACCCGGUGCUCCAGCGACAGGCCUGGGAUAUCACCGAGCAGGCACUCAACGUGCGCCUCUGCAACUGAGCGGCGGCUCGGCAGCGAGCGCACUGUCAUCCGCUUGGGUGUUACUACGGAAUUACAAAAUUUAUCGCUCUUAAUUUUGUGACGCUGUGAGUCAUAUUCAAUACGAUAGUUAGGGCCAAGGAACGAGUUUCGUAUGAAUUACCGCGGUAUGUGGCGUCGUGUUUGCUGACGAUGAUCUAAGUCGGGUUGAGACACUUCAAUAAAUAGGGUCACUAUUCAAAGCAUGCUAAGACCCCAUAAAGUCUUGUUUAUCAUUACGGUGAGUAAUGUGUUCAUACAUUUAGAGAGUGUCUUAAAGGGUCGUUAAACCACCCUAAGUCGAAAUUUAGUUGUGGUGUUGCAAUCGUGCACGAGUCUUCAACAAACAGCCGCAACGGAACGAUGCCGUAAUAACGGAGUUACACGCGUAUGAUCCAAAAGGAGCCCUCACUCGCAAAAGGAGCUCUUGCCUUCGCCGUACGUCGGCUCGUCUGUCCUGCUGGCCGAGAGCUGCUCCUCGCCGUGCGAGGAGGGAGAGCAGCAAGCGCGCGUAGCUGCGAGCAGAGAAACAGGUUCUUUUUGUGGAUCACAUGACCAGGCGCAAAUGGUGACGUAACUUCCAACGCCGGGGAUACCGAAAGGCCCGGAGAAGACAAGGGAUUGUUUCUUGGAAUUUGUGGCGCGCCCGCGUCUCAUAGCGUGGCCGCGUAUGGCAUUGUUAAUCGUGACGGCAUGAUAAACUCGACGCGUGCGUUUACUUGAAAUGUCAAAAAAAAACCAAAAACAUCGGAGGUAGUUUAGGGGCCCUUUAAUGUUAUCAACAUUGGCACACAGCUAUUUGACAGCAUGCACUGCCUUCGGGAUCGGCCGGAAUUACGCAAACCAGAUAACUGCACAAAACGCAA